GUAAUAUAAUCUCAUUCAAAGCACUCUUUUCUUUAAGCUUCAAUUUCGGGGGCUCGAGGACCCACCCUCUGCUCGUAUCGAUUAUAUUCCUUUCUCUUUUCUCAAAUUUUUUUUUUAUCUUUCAUUUCCCGUUAUAUAGUUUCGGAAAUCGAGAACGCUUGCUGGCCGAGCAGUGCCGUCCGUAAAAAGUUGCAGCUCAAUUGCUAUUAGUAAUUGUAAUUUCAACGCGCCAUCAUGGACACCACCAUGGACACCACUAUGGACAUAGGCAAUUCGUGGCUGAAAAACCUCAAUCUGGACAGCGGCGCUAUAUUCCUCUUAACCGUUACAAUCUGUGCUUUCUUGAUACCCGUGGUUAUAAUUCUACCCCCAGUCGGUCUUCAAAAAAGCGAUGCACUGGUACAGACGCACACAAAGGCCGGCGUCGAAGGUUCAAAGAGCAACCUGAAGAACCAAUACUCGGAUGAACAUGCGCCGCGGGACGGCCAACCGCCGAAAGUCCACAGUUUGGUCAUUUAUCCAGUGAAGUCAUGCAAGGGUAUUGAGCUGAAGAGGAGCAAAGUCCUUCCGACGGGACUCCAAUUCGACCGUCUUUUCAUGUUUGCUCAACUCAAGAGCCCUUUCCCUGUGGCUGUGAACUCAACGGAUGAGGAAAAGUCAAAACACAAAUGGGAAUUCGUUACCCAGCGCCAGUUCUCCAGGUUGGCGAAUGUCACCGUCGAUCUCUGGCUGCCGGACGAGAUGAAGCUGCGGAAACAGUCGAUGAAGUCAAAGGAGGCCUUCGUAAUCCUACGUUUCCCUUGGAAGGAGGAUGGCUGGCGCGGUAUCUACUCUACGAUCACGGCUAAGCUGGCAAGAGGACGCGCCGCCGAGCCCGAGAUAGAAAUCCUGCUACCAGUAGACUUUCCUUCGGCGGAGGAUAUCAAGGAGAGGGGCUACACUUUCGAUGAUGUCAAGAUAUGGAAAGAAACAAUCAACGCUCUUAACAUGGAAAAGGACCUACCCGUUGAGCUACAACGGUACUUGGGUGUUAGCAACAAGCUUGCUCUCUUCAGGCUCGAUCCUGGGCAGCUGCGUGAGGUUUAUCGAACCGCGCCGAGCAAAGAGGAAGCCGGCUACCAGCCCGUGACCGGAUUCCAAGAUGCCUUUCCGCUUCAUUUGAUGAGCCUAACCAGUUUACACGCGUUCAACUCAGAGGUGCCGAAGGAUGACGACUUAAAGGAGCUCGACGUGCUUAGAUUCCGGCCUAAUAUCAUCCUUUCCGGUGCCGAAGCCUACGACGAAGAGACUUGGAAGCAGAUCCGGCUUAAGCCGGGGAGCUCAGGCUUGUAUAACGACGUCGCGUUCCACGUUUCAUGCAGAACUGUCAGAUGUAAAAUGCCCAACGUAGAUCCAGCAACUGGUUUCCGCCACCCAACGGAGCCAGACAAAUCGCUUAGGGCGAAGCGUGCAGUCGACGAGGGCGCGCCGCUGAACGGCUGUCUAGGCAUGCAACUCACCCCUCUGUUCGACCCUAGCCUGGGAGAAGAAGAUCGGGAGGCCUGGAUCGCAGUCGGCAUGACGGUUGAGGUCGAGCAAAGGGGACAUCAUGUGUAUAUCAAACAGUGAGGCGUCUUUACUUCCUUCCAUACCAUUUAGAUGAUGAAUAUGCCUGUAUACCUAUAUAUAUAGAUAAGUAAGAGUACGCAAAGAGGAAGUGGGAGUGCUAGGGAGAGAGAAGAGACGGUUGCAACAUCAGACAAGGGAGGACAAGGGAGGAAGACCCGUAAUAAACACGACCGCCAAAACUAUAGCAAGAUAAUAGAUAGAUUAGACGGAAUAGAGACUUCAGCGCACAAUUGAAAAGAUUAG